CAUGAAUAACUUAAUAAAUAGAAAAGUACUGAUCGAUGCAAGGUGGCACUACUGUUGCAUGUUAAUGAAGUAAGUGUCACGGGUGGGGAGGUGUGCGAAGUAAGGAUUGGGAAUUGGACAGUUGCUCGUGUGCGAGGCUCUGCGUGAUAUUGUGGAUGUUGUGCACUGUGUGUUUUGUGGCUAUCGCGAACAUUGUCAACUACUUCCCACGAGGUAUACAAAUGCAGUUCGCGAAAAUGAUUUAUCGUGGCACGUUCCCAAGUAAAUUCUCGUUAUCGGUGGCUGAGUAACGGUGCUAGACCCUGACGCGAGGUCCUCACCCGCGUUAGGUGCGUCGUGGACCACCUAUCCGCGUCCAAGCUGUGCCGAGUACCCAAGUCAUGAUAUCGAGGUUCGACGGGAGCUUCGGUUGUGACGGUUUUUUCGGGACUUAUAAUUGCUACCAAAAUAUGGCUUGUGAUCGUGGUGAUUCGGACUUCGAGUUCGCCACACCGCCAGAGGCGCCGGUCUUCGAACCGAGUAUCGAGGAGUUUCACGACCCCCUCGCUUAUAUCGCGAAAAUACGACCGAUCGCGGAAAAGUCUGGGAUUUGUAAGAUCAAACCGCCGCCAAACUGGCAACCACCAUUCGCAGUUGACGUUGACAAAUUUAAGUUUGUCCCAAGAAUACAAAGAUUAAACGAACUGGAAGCAAAAACCAGAAUAAAACUUAAUUUCUUGGAUCAGAUUGCAAAGUUCUGGGAAUUACAAGGUUCAUCUUUAAAAAUCCCUCUUGUUGAACGCAAAGCACUUGAUUUAUAUUCCUUGCAUAAGAUAGUUACUGAUGAAGGUGGAAUAGACGUCGUGACGAGGGAAAGGAGGUGGGCAAAAAUUGCUAACAAAUUAGGCUACCCUUCGGGACGCAGUGUAGGAAGUAUCUUAAAAAACCAUUAUGAACGUAUUUUAUAUCCAUUUGACGUAUUUAAGCAAGGGAAAACACUGGCAAAUAUUAAAAUGGAACCAGAUUCGAACGUAAAUGAGAAGAAGGAUAAAGAUUAUAAACCUCAUGGAAUUAUUUCGCGACAACAGAUUAAACCUCCGACUGAAAAAUUUUCACGUAGAUCAAAGAGGUUCAAUGGCCAGGAAGAAAAGCAGGAAUCGCCCAUUAAACAAGAAGAUUGUAAGGAAGAAUAUGAUUCCGAUAGCGAUUGUAAAGAUGGAAUCAAGAAUAAUGAGUGUGUCGAUGACAAAGAUAGUAAAGAACUUAAGAAAUUACAAUUUUAUGGAGCUGGCCCAAAAAUGGCCGGAUUUAAUACCAAAGAAGGAAAGAAAUCUAACAAAACAAGGGGUAUGAAACGUGUUUAUGACAUUGAUCCAUUGGCAAAGUAUAUUUGUCACAACUGUAAGAGAGGUGAUAAUGAAGAGAGCAUGCUGUUAUGCGAUGGAUGCGACGAUAGUUAUCAUACCUUUUGCCUCUUGCCACCGUUGACAGAAAUACCGAAAGGUGAUUGGAGAUGUCCAAAGUGUGUCGCGGAAGAAGUUUCUAAACCAAUGGAAGCAUUUGGGUUUGAACAGGCACAAAGGGAAUAUACUCUUCAACAGUUCGGAGAAAUGGCUGAUCAGUUUAAAAGCGAUUACUUUAAUAUGCCCGUACACAUGGUUCCAACAUCAUUAGUGGAAAAAGAAUUUUGGCGAAUAGUUUCGUCAAUUGAUGAGGACGUUACUGUCGAAUAUGGAGCAGAUUUACAUACGAUGGAUCAUGGAUCUGGAUUUCCAACGAAAACUAGUGUCAAUUUAUUUACGUGUGAUCAGGAAUAUGCUGAAUCCUCGUGGAACUUAAACAAUUUGCCGGUUCUGCGUGGAAGCGUGUUAGGUCACAUCAAUGCUGACAUCAGUGGUAUGAAAGUACCAUGGAUGUACGUUGGAAUGUGUUUUGCAACAUUUUGCUGGCACAACGAGGAUCACUGGAGCUAUUCUAUUAAUUAUUUACAUUGGGGAGAACCGAAAACGUGGUACGGCGUGCCAGGCUCGCGAGCAGAACAAUUUGAACACUCGAUGAAAUCAGCAGCACCAGAACUGUUUCAUAGUCAACCAGAUUUACUUCAUCAGUUGGUCACUAUUAUGAAUCCUAACAUUCUAACAAAGGAAGGUGUUCCAGUAUUUAGAACUGAUCAACAUGCUGGCGAAUUCGUGGUCACAUUUCCGAGAGCGUAUCACGCAGGUUUUAAUCAAGGAUAUAACUUCGCUGAAGCUGUGAAUUUUGCUCCCGCUGAUUGGCUCAAACUUGGACGGGACUGUAUCAGCCACUAUUCGAAUUUAAGACGUUUCUGCGUGUUUUCUCAUGAUGAACUGGUGUGUAAAAUGUCAUUGGAUCCAGAUGCACUUGACAUAGGAAUCGCAACAGCAACUUACCACGACAUGCUCCAAAUGGUAGACGAUGAGAAAAAACUACGGAAAAAUCUACUAGAAUGGGGUGUAACAGAAGCAGAAAGAGAAGCAUUUGAACUUUUGCCAGAUGAUGAAAGACAGUGUGAAGCGUGCAAGACAACUUGUUUCUUGAGUGCAGUUACAUGUUCAUGUCAGAGUUCUCAGUUAGUUUGUUUGAGACAUUUUACGGAACUUUGCGACUGUCCACCAGAGAAGCAUACAUUACGUUAUCGUUACACGUUAGACGAAUUACCAAUUAUGUUACAAAAAUUAAAAUUAAAGGCAGAGUCAUUUGACUCAUGGGUAACAAAAGUGAAGGAAGCAAUGGAUCCUGAUAAGAAGAAUGAUAAAAUUGAGUUAAAUGAAUUAAAAGAACUUUUAAAUGAGGCAGAAAGUAAAAAGUUCCCAGAGAGUGAGUUACUUACAGCUUUGACAACUGCUGUGCAAGAUGCAGAAAAGUGCGCAAGUGUUGCACAACAACUUUUGAAUAACAAACAACGUACCAGAACCAGGCAGUCUGUUGAAACUAAAUACAAGCUUACGGUAGAGGAGUUAACUCUUUUCUACAAGGAAAUAACAAAUUUAUGCUGUGAACUCAAGGAAUCUGAUGGUGUAAAAUAUAUACUUGAUCAAGUAUUGCAGUUCCAAAAGGAAGCGGAGGAGCUAGAAUCUAAGGACGAAGAUUGUGACAUUGAACAGCUAGAGAAAUGUAUUGAUUUCGGAGAUUCUAUUUGCAUUGAACUACCUCAACUUAUACGUUUGAAACAGAAAUUAAUGCAGAUACAAUGGCUCGAAGAAGUGAAGUCUGUUCAGGAAGAUCCAAAGUCCGUUCAUCGUGAAGAUUUAGCAAAAUUGAUCGAAAAGGGCAUGACAAUACCACCUCAUUUGACUAUAGAGAAUACACUUUCGGAAUUACAAUCGUUAAUGGUCGCAAUCGACAAUUGGGAAGAGAAAGCAAAACUAUAUCUUCAUACGAAAAACAGACAAACUAUUUCGUCUCUCGAAGAAUUUAUUCGUGAAGCUGACAAUGUGGAAGCUUAUUUACCGAGUUUAAGUGUUCUUCAAGAGACGCUGAAUAAAGCAAAAAAUUGGACAAAGACCGUGGAAGAGCUACAAGCAAGAGACAAUUUCCCAUAUUACAAUACGUUAGAUGAUCUAAUUAAGAGAGGUAGAAAUAUUCCAUUACACUUAGAUGCUCUUCCAAUCUUAGAAUCUACCCUUUCGCAAGCAAAAACUUGGAAAGAAAGGACAGCAAGAACAUUCCUAAGGAAGAAUUCACAUUACACUUUAAUGGAAGCUUUGUCGCCACGAAUUGGAGUUGGUAUACAAUCGUUGAAAGCUAAGAGAAGUAAGAGUGAAGAUUCUGCAGGGCCUGUUUUCGUCUGUGAUACAAGAUUGGAUGACACCAAUAAUUCGGCCACCAUCGUCGCUGCGUUCAAAUUAGCUGAACAACGCGAGAUGGACGCAAUGAGAAAUUUAAGAGAAAGAAAUUUAAUGAAAACCGAAAUAGAUGAUGCUAGGUAUUGCGUGUGCCGUCGACCAAGGUUCGGGCUCAUGCUCCAAUGUGAGCUCUGUAAGGAUUGGUUCCACACAAAUUGUGUACCUUUCCCAAAGACAUCAUAUAAAGGAAAAUCACCAAUGUCGAGGGAAAUUAAAUUUUUGUGCCCGUGCUGUUUACGUUCACGUCGGCCACGAUUAGAAACGAUUCUAACGCUUUUAGUUAGCCUUCAGAAGAUUCCAAUUCGUUUAUCAGAGGGUGAAGCGUUGCAAUGUUUAACGGAGCGUGCAAUGAAUUGGCAGGAUCGGGCCCGUCAGGCGUUAGCUACGGAUGAAAUUUCCACGGCACUGACAAAACUGUCAGUUCUAUCACAGAAGUUGGUCGAAGCGGCAGCGAGGGAAAAGACAGAAAAAAUUAUUAGUAGUGAACUGAAAAAGGCAGCGAAUAACCCUGAGUUACAUCAAAGGGUUCAAGCAAUUGCACCACUUAGCGGUGUCCAUUCAGACGAUAGUGCUCUCAGUACCGCAGACGACGAUGACGAUGUUGUUACUGUAGAUGAUGAUGAGCCAAGUUGUAGUACGUUCAACAGUAAUGAACAUGCAUAUUCUUUUAUAUCAAAAAUUCAACGUAAGUCGCUAUCGAACGAUGCUGCCGAUAUUGCGGUUGUACUUUCACAAACAGCGAGGCUACGUUUAGAAGAAUUGAUGAUGGAAGGUGACUUACUAGAAGUUGCAUUGGAUGAAACACAGCACAUAUGGCGUAUAUUAAGUCAUACAAAUAAUCCGAGUACGGUACGGAAAUAUGCAUCGUACGAGGAAGUUCAGACAAACGUGAACCAAGACAAUAAGGAUGUAAAGAAGCGGGGAAGAAAGAGGAAAUCUGAGGAGUUCGAACUAGCGAAGAAACUGGGAAGGCAAAAAAUGGAAGAAAAACAUUUAAUUAAACGCAAGGGACUACAGAAGGAAAAAAAAUCAGCUGGUUCUCCGGUGCCAAUGAAGCGUGGUCCUCGCAAGAUGAAACGCAAAGAGGGCGAGGAAAUUUUGAAAAAAAGAGGCGGCAACAGAAAGAAAACUAAACAGGAUACUUCGGACGAAGAAGAAGACUGCGCGGCUGUUAACUGCUUACAUCCUAGUGGUAGAGAAGUUGAUUGGGUACAAUGUGAUGGCGGUUGUGAAGGUUGGUUCCAUAUGCAUUGCGUGGGAUUGGACCGUACAGAGAUUGCAGAGGAGGAUGAUUACAUAUGCAGUAAUUGUAAAGAGGCGGAGCAAAAUUCAACAUCAAGAGCGCCAGAUCCCCUAGCUGAAUCAUUAGGUCUGGAUGCACUUCUUUCCCUUUCUCAAUCUCAGGGAUACCAGGGGACAGACAGUGAGGCAGACAUUCAAGAGACAACAUCCUUCGUCAGGACUUACUAGCCUACCUUCCCUUGUUAGCUCUGUACAAGGCUAGGACGCUUACUAUUUUCAACUCAAUUUCGACUGUGUACAACGCAGCCAAAAUAAUUAAUGUUACCUACGAUCACCAUUCAGUCAGUUGGGUACUGCUGGUUAGCAAAUGCUGUUUUAUCACUGUUGCGAGCGGAUAUUAGAGAUAAAGUAUUAUAAUGCGAUCCAAUUGCAAUAUUGACGACGAAUAUUAUUUUUAUAUUUGGAUUGGAUACGCUUCACAGAGCUAUACAUUUUUUGUAUGUAUUAUGUAUUAUAAUGUAUCUUAUUUUUCAUUUUUCGAUAUAAAAUAGAGGAUUUUCAAGAAUAGGAUGUGUUACCCUAGUAUAAUACAUUUACUUUUAGUUGUACGAAAUUGAUUUCGCACGUUGUUAUUGACUUUCGAAGCUGAUCUUCAUGUAAAAUGACAACUAACUGCGCAUUAAACGCGAGACUUAUAAAUCAUAAUUUUGUCAGACGUAUACUACUAUGGGACAAGUAUCGCGGAUGAACCGAGAUAUACUUGAUGAUUCACACGGGACAUAAAAAGAUCUAAAUUUGUACUUUGCAUCUCAUUGUAACUCUUAUUUCUUAUCUCUCGCUGCAAAUGUCGAAAGAAAAGAAAAUAUUGGUUUUGCGAGACCAACGACUGUUACGUGACUAAUGAUAUGUGUUAGCACUAAUUAUAAUACAGUUCGUAAUGUGAAUGUGAUGCUAUUUACAACAGUGUUACACGGUGGGUUGUAAAAAAAAAUUGGAGCUUUGACCUGACGAUUUUGGAUGAUCUGUGACACGAGAGGCAACUUCCAGACGGUGGUAAUAUAUGUAAUAAAGAAAUACAUAAGUCAACUCAGAAUACUUCUAUUUCAAAGGAGAUUCCGUCGGUUUUUGUAUCGGCUUUUAAUCGUAUAGCGCAAGACGAUUGCGUUUAAAUAGUAUAUGUACAGAUAGACUGAAAUAUUGUGUGUAUUAAGAUAUAGAGUAUAGACAUUAUACAUAUACCUAUAAGAAAACUAGAUCGGUAAAUAGAAGUAAGUUGCAGUUUGUAUAAAAGAAAGAAGUUGACAUGCAGAUACAUAGCAUAUCUAAAUCUGCCUUCCAAAAAUAAUUGAUCCGGAUUCAUUGGAUUUUGGACCAGAGUGUACAACUUACGUUAUUUAUACGAGUCAUUUGAUUUUCAUUUCAUUACAUGUAUUAUCGUCGCGAGCAUCUGUAAAAUCAUUUUGUACGAUUAUUAAUAUCAGUGAAGCAUUUCUGAAGGGCCUACAAGCGUGUACAUUUUAUAACUUAAACUAAUUUAUGUUACCGUAGACUCACGAAUAACUUUUACAAUUUCCUUAAUCACUUAACGUGAAAGAAACGGUUUUGGUUUUUCUUAUGACGAUAUUACAUUUUGUAAUAAUUAGCAGAUUGAUGAAUGAUACCUUGGUGUGCUUAUGUUUUCAUAAAUUGAAUGUUAGUACAAAUUCACUUUUUAAACUUGUUAACUGUCUUACGCGUUAAACUUCUUCACUGAAUGUUGUUAACAUUUACAUGAUGUAAUGUAUUGAUGUAGCGUAAUUAAAAGCUUACGUAUCAUACACAUUUCUUUAUACAUUAAAGUAUUAUAAAAUCCCUAAAUAUUAGAGAGACGAUACUUACAUUAACGAUAAGAUAUAAUUCAGUAAUAAAUCAUUUUAUCAAUGUUCUAAGCGUUAUAAAUAUGGAUCUCAUUCUCGAUGAAGCGAAACUGGAGAAUAAGGAGGCAGGAAUACGCGUGUUGUCAUUGAUGUAAACAAUAUAUUACGGAAUGUAAUUUGUUUAUUUAAUGUUGACUCUGGUACAAAACCAUGCUUCGCGUAUUAGUUGAUAAUUAUACGUGCUCUUUUUUAGUGUGAUUAUUGGUCUAAGUUUUUUUUACAAAGAACGAUCCAUUUUAUUCUCGUAUAAGUGUGUUAUGUGUGUGCCUCUGUCUAUCAAUAUUUUCUCCUUUUCUCAAAUACGAUAUGCAAAGAAUAUCUGCAUUAUGUAAAGAAAUAAAGCAAAAAGAAAACGUCUAUCACGGGUUGUUCGAUGAAAAUGCGCGAAUAACGCAAGAAAUUUUGUAUAAUUAGGUUGUUAAAUAAGACGAAUAUUGAUCAUUGAAUUCCCAUACGAGGUAAAACUAUACGGAUGUACGUUGCGUGUGGGACGAUGUGACAAACAGUAUGUUUUAGACAUUUGCAUAUGGGAACAUACAUAAUAAAUCGUAGACACUGACAUGACGAAUGAAUUCUGUUAACGAAUUUUUGUCUUCUGUUAGGCCUCGUACUUUAUAGGAAAAAAAAAACAAGAAUAAGAAAUAUAUUAUACGAUCAUACGUACUUAACAGAAUUCAUUUAGAAAGUCAGUCAUAGCGAUAAAGAGAUCCCUUGUACCAUCCGCGAUUAGUACGUUAUGUGUCUCGUUUAAAACAGACUGUAGGUCAAAGAAUCGAUGAGACAUUAUGUGUACUAUAUAAUAUUUUUGUACAGAAACGGAAAGGGCUCGAUAAUCUAUUUGAUUAUUGCUCUUAGAUAUGCGGGAGCGCAGUGAAUUUCUAACGAUAGUGUGUUUUCAUGUUUCGUACGAAUUUCGUUUGUUUUCUACCAUAAUGGAACAUUGGCUGUAUAUGUAUAUUUUAUACACAAGGUACUUAAAAUCAUUUUCUAAUUAAGCAAAAAAAAAAGUAAAAAACAGUAAAGAAGAAAGGAACUGAUAAUAAAUUCGUGUACUUCAUAAAAUAGUACACUAUCAUUAAAAAUACAUUGUGAUUGAUGUAGGAAAAAAGAGAUUGGAACUGUACGUGAUCGUCUUAGAACUAAUUGCAAAAUGGAUAUAUUCGAACACUAUACUUUACCAUAAAAAUACUACGUGGGAUAUUGAUCAUUCGUUGAACAAAACAUGAAGGCAAGUGCCUACGCGUUUCCAGGAAGUUAUACUAAUUGUCAUCAUAAUAAUUCAAUUCAUUUCAACUCAAUCACCUUGGUAACGAGCACAAAUCUAUAUAGCGUCGUUUCUACCUUUUUUUCUCGCGACAAGAAAUUUAUUUAACGUGCACUCAUAGUAGUGUUUUUAAAAUUACUUCAGCUAAUGCGAAAAAUUGAUUACUUACUUAAGUUUACGUCAGCCACAGCUGAUGUUACAAUUAGCGAUAAGUGGCGCAUAUUUUAUUUUCUCGACGGAAAUUUACGGAAGACGGUAUUAUGCUUUGACCAAAUAGUUUUCGUAAAUUCAUUUCUAAUUAGAUCUCAUCAGUCCUUAGUUUUAUCUCGAAGUACAGUUAAUAUUUAUUCUGCUGUGUUCGUUAAAAAGGAAGGAAUUUAAAUUCUAUUUUGUGAUAUGGUUGCAUACCGUGGUAGUUUACUUUUGUCAAUUAACAUUCUACAUUUAUGUUUCUCGUGAUUCUAAGAUUAGAUAAUGUAGAUACUUAUUUAGUAAUUGAAUCGUCAUCAUUCUUUGGAACGAUAUAGUCGAAAGGCGUUACUUAAUUUUCAAUUUAUUUGGGUAUUAAACUCGAUUGUUUCUUUUUAUUUUCAGUUCUGUCGAAUAUAUACAGAGCUAUCUGUAUAGAGCGUUACUGUCAAAUCUGCUUUACUUAUUCACCUCGCAAGAAAAAGAAUCUUCUAAUUAUUUCACCAAAAAUUUAGCCGGUAGAGAAGCAUCGUCAUAUACUUCAUGCCUAUUGUCUACGUGCGAAUCUUUUCUAUUAUCCUCCAUACUUCGUUUGCGAAGGAAGGUUCCGAUCAAAUAAGCAUUAUCCCUUUUUAUCGCCUUGUCUGUUAUUACUUGUCUGUUAUUGUGUGAAACGUGGAUAUAUCGUUUAUUUCCUUCAUACACGAUGAUUUUAGACAGGAAUAUUUAUGAAACAGUGAAUGUAACUUAGGGCUAAGUAGUAUUAAAGUAGACUUUAUUUGUAACGUUAUAUCACUUUGAUUUCCGAUAAAAUAUAUCAAAUGUAUAUGUGUACAUGUACAUUCAAUACUACAAAUUGUUCUUCUUCAUCAAGUAGCUUAGACGAGUGAGAAAUAAACAUUUUUAGAAUUCGCCAUCGAAUAAUGAAUCGGCGCAUCCGAAAGAAAAAAAUUCUGGGGAAAGACCGUCGCAGGUUCAUCCUACGUGAUGUAACAUUAUUUAAAAGGGUCGAUGUCCGUGGAAGCGUAUUCGUGUAACUGGUGGGAGAGAUAGAAUGUCAAUAAAGAGUGGCGGAACAUGAAA